ACCCUACACACUGGAAUUUGGACGGUCCCUGCAGCAUAGAUGGGAAACGAUGGACGGCUGCUAGGCAACAGGGAAGGACUGACAGAGCUACAACUAUGGAGGUAACAUGUGACAGUGACCGUGGUUGUGGACGCGGCCUGUUCUGCGACCGUCAUUUUGGGCUGUGCGUGGCACUGCGCCACGAAGGUCAAUACUGCCGAAAGGAUUCUCAGUGCGUUCGAGGUCUGGGCUGUAUGUUCGGGCGCUGUCAGCGUAUUGUACCAGGUGGAUAUGAAGGUUCCAGGUGCCGUCAGGAUAAGGAUUGCUCUCCCUCUAUGUGCUGUGCCAGACACCAUGGAGAGAUGAUCUGCAAGCGUAAACUACCUGCUGGGGGUAGUUGUUAUGUUCCAGAAGGGGGACUGGCAUUCAGCAUCAACCAACUGUGUCCCUGUGAAGAAGGACUGGUGUGCAGCUCCACACAACCACCUCGAGAGAAGGAAUUUGUUUACAGUCCCAGCUUAGACUGGAAAUGCGUGGCUCCCUCCCCAUGAUGCCCCUGCUGUAUGAUUCUCCUCCAAGACUCUGUAAAUAUCCUGUACAUACAAAUUAUAUAAAUAAAGAGCUUUAUUGUUU